AAAAAUCAUUUUCUGAAUCCACAAAUUAAGAUUUCUCAUAAAGAAAACAAUUUUUAACUUGAGCAAAACAAAAAAAUGACGGAAGACCUAAAACUGAUCGUCGUAGAGGUGAACAAACUGCUCGAAACCGACUACAAUCUGAUCACGUUCGAUUCCUUGGCUGCAGAAUCGUUACUGCAGGUACUAGUCGACGUGUUUCAUGCCUUCGGUGUCAUCGAUAAGCUGGACGUGCGCGAAAAUGAUCCGGAAGACACGAACCUGCUCGUGAUGGAGGCACUCCGCAAGAUCCAAUACCGACCGGCAGGUGAAAUCGAUGAUCCCGGUGCGUUCCGCCGCGGUCUGGUCCGAGGGGAGAAAAAACUGGUCCAUCCGAUUUUGCGCUGGACAUUCGACAACCGAGAGCGAGUGAAAAAGUCAUCCUAUCUGGCAAAGUUCUUGAUUCCGUUAGACCUACCACCGGAAGCGAUGUCCAUGCCGGAUCUGAGUAAUUUGUGGGCACAGUAUUUGCAAACUAUGGAUGAUUUCAAGGACGCACAUCGUGCGUACGAACAAUCUGUGCAGGAGGGUGCCCAAACCCGCGAAUUGCGCAGUGACAUCGGUGCCAUCGAAACCGAAAUCGAGAACGUCAAAAAACGCAUCGAACGUACCCAAGCUCGGUUGGACAAGGUACCCCAACAGGAGCUGCUACUGGAAGCAGCCAACAGCUUACGUAUCGAGAAGGAACGUCAAAAGGAACUGCUUUCACAGAUCGAAGAGCAAAAACAGGCUCUACAUCGUGCCAACAUGAUACACGAUCGUCUGCAGAAAGAUCUUCACAAUGCUAAGAUGUCCGUUCAGGGAGCGACCGCUCAAAACUUGAUGGAAAGCCUCAUCGAAGAAACACAAGUUCUUGAGUUUAUGGUUCAACAGAAGUUACCGCAGGAACUGGCACAGCGCAGAUCGGAAGUGCAAACUCUACAGGAAGUGAUCGAUGAGCCGCAGAUAACACGCAGUGAUCUGCUCGAAUUGCAGAACAAAGUCGACGAACUAAAUCGUGAAAUACAGAAACACGUUGAGGUUCGUAUGGCCGAAUACAAUACCCAGAAUGACACGCUAGGACCAUUCCGACAGCAGGCUGCCAUGGUUGCUCGAAACAAAGAAAGCGCAGCAGAGCAACUCGAUCAAACGACAAAAGAACUUCGCGAAAUUGAUUCUCAGCUGCAGGACAAGCAACGCAAAUUGCAGGAAACGAUUGGGGAAGUGAUCCUCCGUGGUGAGGAACUUAAACAGUUCGUGAAUACGCUUCGUGCGAAAAGCAACGUCUACAAGCAGCAGCGAGCCGAGCUGGCUUCCGUCAAGGCGGAAGUGGCUGAUUUAACGCAAACACUGGAAAAUCUCAAAUCCCAAGACCCGUCGCUAUCGAACACUCUGUCGCAGGUUUCCGAUGACGAUUCGUCAAUUUCGAUGGCUGGCAGCCGACCGGAUUCCCCGGGUAUUGCAUCCCGCGGUAUGACGGAACUAACGCGGCUGGUAAGCGGCCUCCAACGGGCCGUCACCGCUGCUAGGGAACGUGUCACACCGCUGUCACAACAACUUCGUCCACUGAGGGAGCGAGUGAUCGAACUGAAGGACGAAAUGGAUUCCAAAAAGCAGUCCUACGAUGCGCUGAUUGCAACACUGAACGCCGAAUCGGCCGCCAUGCAAAGCAAUAUAACGGAAGCGGAAAAGGCGAUCAAAACCCUCGAACAGCAGUGGCAGGAGCUGCAGCUUGAACACGAACGCUCACAGUUGCUGUUGGAAAAAGCCAACGAAGAAAUGGCCAAUUUGGAACCAUCUGGCGGUGAAUCCGGAGUGAAGACACGUGCAUCACUAAAAGAGACGCUGGCACAGCAAAUCUUCGAGCAGGAAACCAUCGGCAAACGACUACAGGAGGACAGGAGUUCCCUCCAGAGUGGUAAAGCACGGCGCCAACGCCAACAGGAAAUGUGGAGCGACUUGCGAAAACUAUUUGAGGUGAAGAUUCGCUGCCUUCAUGACAGCAAACAGCGCGGACCGGGCGGAACGCUUUCGGUUACCCGCGGUGGAGCGGAAACUUUCACAUUACAAUGAAUGG